UCAUGAGUUCGGAAGAAGAGACCCAAUAAUCGUUGUCAUACAAAGUGCACAAAUCAACUUUGAAAUGGGCACCAGUGUUCAAUAUGACAAUUCUAUUAUCAAUAGCAAUAAUCUCUUGUUUGAUAAGAGUGUUCUCAGUGAUCAGAUAUGAGUCAAUCAUUCAUGAGUUCGAUCCGUGGUUCAAUUAUAGAACAACCCAAUAUUUAGUAAAGGAGGGUCCUUAUGCUUUAUGGAAUUGGUACGAUUCAGAAUCUUGGUAUCCUCUAGGUAGAAGUGUUGGAGGCACAGUGUAUGAUAUACAUCCUAUUAAAAAGAUAUCCAGGUUUAAUGAUGACUUCUGGUAUGAUAUAUUGGGUAUUACACAAAUUGUCCAUUCCAAUUGAUAUUAGAAAUGUCUGUGUAUUCUUGGCACCAAUCUUUUCAGCAUUUACAAGUCUAGCAGCAUAUGGAAUGACAAAAGAGAUAACAAAGAGAUCAGAGGCAGGAUUAUUAUCAGCUUUAUUUGUAGCCAUUGUCCCAUCUUACAUGAGUAGAAGUGUUGCAGGAUCAUAUGACAAUGAAGGAGUAUCUAUCUUUGCCCUUGUUUUCACAUUUUAUACUUUCCUCAAGACUGUCAAUACAGGAUCCAUCUUAUGGGGUGUCUACACAGCUUUAGCGUAAUAUAUAUCUAUAUAAUAAUGAAUAGAUUUUUCUAUAUGGUGGCUUCUUGGGGUGGAUAUGCAUUCAUUAUUAACAUCAUACCAAUUUUUGUUUUAUUUUUGUUAAUAACAGGACGUUCCAAUUAGAGAAUAUAAGUGGCUUAUAAUGUUUUCUACAUAUUAGGAACAUUGUUAGCAAUGUAAAUUCCCUUUGUUGGAUUCUAAGCAUUACAUUCAUCUGAACAUAUGGCAUCACAUGCAGUUUUCCUUUUGAUUAACUUUUUAAACUUUUUCAGUUGGAUACGUAAUUUUGUUAGCAAAAAAGCCAUCAUAACACUUACUAAAUUCUUAGUAGUCUUUUUAGUGUUCUCCAUUUUGGUGGGAGUUGUUAUUCUUACUUUAGCUGGUAAGACAUAAUGGAGUGGUAGAAGUUUGACAUUACUUGAUCCAACUUAUGCAAAGAAAUACAUACCUAUCAUUGCUUCUGUAUCAGAACAUUAAGCUACUACUUGGUCAUCCUUUUUCUUUGAUUUACAUUAUUUGAUACUUUUUUCACCAGUAGGGUUAUAUUAUUGUUAUUACAAACCAACUGAAACUAAAAUAUUUGGGGCUCUUUAUACAGUCCUUGGAGUAUAUUUUGCAUCAGUUAUGGUCAGAUUGCUAUUGGUUCUUGCACCUGCUGUUAGUAUUAUGGCUGGAAUAGGAAUAAGUUGGGCAUUUAGAAAAUUUGCUAAAUCUGUUAGAUCAUUUAUAUUACCAAAAAUAGAAAAACCUAAAAAGUAUAGGAUACCUCCAGAAAUAUCAAUUAUUGGUUUAGUAUUAUUAGGUUACUAUUGUUCUAUUUAUGUUCUCCAUGCAAAUUUUGCUGGUUCAGAAGCUUAUGCAUCUCCAUCCAUCAUUCUUUCCAGUAGAGAUAGAUAAGGAAAUAGAAAUAUUAUAGAUGAUUAUAGAGAAGCUUAUUAUUGGCUUAGAAUGAAUACAAGAGCUGAUGAUAAAAUUAUGUCUUGGUGGGAUUAUGGAUAUUAAAUUACAGGAAUGUCUAAUAGAACAGUUUUAGUUGAUAAUAAUACAUGGAAUAAUACACAUAUUGCUACUGUUGGUAUGGCAAUGGCUUCAUCAGAAGAAGAUGCCUUUGAAAUUUGUGAAAAAUUGGAUGUAGAUUAUGUUUUAGUGAUUUUUGGUGGUAUUUUGAAUUAUUCAGGUGAUGAUAUAAAUAAAUUCUUAUGGAUGGUUAGAAUUGGUGGAGGAGUUUAUCCUCAUAUUAAGGAAGAAGAUUAUUAUGGAAAAGGAACAUAUAGAGUAGAUUAAUAUGCAACAGAGACUAUGACAAAUUCACUUAUGUAUAGACUCAGUUAUUAUCGUUUUGAUGAAGUUUAAACAGCAUAUGGUUAACCUAAAGGUUAUGAUACUGUUAGAUAGGCUGUGAUUGGAGUCAAAGGAUAUAAGUUGAGACAUUUUGAAGAAGCUUUUACUUCAGAAAAUUGGAUUGUCCGUAUAUUCAAAAGAAAAUAAAGAGAAAAUAGGUAUUAUAUUGUACUAAUUAUUUUAAUAGAGAUGGAGUAGCAUUUACUUCUAAAUAAACCUCAUAAUUUACGAUUCCUAAAGAAUCUAGUCCAGUUACAAAGUUUUCUAAAAAAGCCAACAUUAAAUAGAGAUUUACCCUAAAUUUUAAUGAGUGAUUUUAUGU